UUCAUCUUGUGUAUCUUAGGUGUACUCUUCAGUAUUGAGGUAACCACCACAUAUUUUGCUGUGCGUAAUUAUUGGCGUGGCUUCUUUGCGGCUGUUUGUGGCGCGACGGUGUUUCGCCUAUUAGCGGUGUGGUUUCACAAUGCAGACACGGUGCGCGCGAUAUUCCUUACAAACUUCACCACCGAAUUCCCGUUCGAUCCGCAGGAAUUAUUCGUGUUUGCGUUGAUGGGCGUUGUCUCCGGCAUUGGUGGAGCUGCCUACGUUUGGGUGCAUCGCCGUUAUGUACUCUUCAUGCGUUCCAACAAGAAGAUGAACAAAUUCUUGCAGAAAAAUCGGUUUCUCUAUCCGGGCUUUCUGGCGCUGCUCGUUUCUACUCUCUCAUUUCCGCUAGGCACCGGCCAGUUCAUCGCUGGCGAACUGAGCACACACGAACAAGUUACACAGUUGUUUAGUAAUUUCACAUGGUCACGCGACGAUCUCACUGUGGAGCAGGCGGCCAUUGUUACACAUUGGGUUACUAGUUACACCAAUAUAUUCAUCAAUCUCUCCAUCUAUAUUGUGUUCACCUUUUUCAUUUCCAUCAUCGCCUCCACCAUACCAGUGCCUUCGGGUAUUUUUAUACCCGUUUUCAAAAUUGGCGAGUUGGGACGUCUCAUUGGCGAAAGUAUGCAUUUGUGGUUUCCGCACGGCGUGCGCUACGGCGGUCGUCUAUCGCCCAUCAUACCCGGCGGUUAUGCCGUUGUAGGUGCGGCAGCAUUUUCCGGCGCCGUGACGCAUACCGUUUCGGUAGCGGUAAUCAUUUUCGAGAUGACCGGCCAGAUAACACACGUUGUACCGGUGAUGAUCGCAGUGUUAAUAGCGAACGCCAUUGCAGCCCUUCUACAACCGUCCAUGUACGACAGUAUUAUAUUGAUUAAGAAACUGCCGUAUCUGCCCGAUCUGCUGCCAUCCAGUUCAGCGAUGUACAGCAUCUAUGUGGAGGAUUUUAUGGUACGAGAUGUGAAAUACAUCUGGCAUGGCAUUUCGUAUCAAAAACUCAAGGAGGUGCUGAAGGCGAACAAAACGCUCCGAUCUCUACCGCUGGUCGAUAGUCACGAGAAUAUGAUACUGCUCGGUUCCGUACAACGUUAUGAAUUGAUUAAAAUGAUUGAAAAACAUAUUGGACGUGAGAAACGCAUGGAGGUGGCACAAAAGUGGCAAAAGGAAGCGGAAGAACGCGCCCGCGAAGAAGAGAAGAAGAAACAAGAGGCUGAAUUGAAAAUACGUCGUCCUUCUCGCUUCGAAGUAUUACCCGCUCCCGACAUACUUAGUUUGCGGCAAAUUGCCAACGAUGAAAUGUUGCCGCCCAAACAACGCCAAGAAUCGCUCAAUAAUAAUUUGGCACCACGAAAAUCCAUUUUGAAAAAGACAAACUCCUUUAAUUUAAAAACAUUCGCACCUACCUCACCGCACAGCCCUAACAUUACCCCAUACACCACCAUCACGGGCACCGAGCAUCGCAUUCGUUCCGCCUUUGAGGCGAUCUUCCGUAAAUCGAAUACUCUGCAGGAUGUACACCCGGAUCCGGAUGCUGGCAGCAUAUCGCCGGCUGUGAGCGCCAAUGAGGUGCCGCAUGUACAGCGCGCGCCCAGCAUCUCGAAGAAAGUUCAAUUGCAAGCACAAAAUACUGUGGAGUCUACAGAACAAGAUCGAAAGCCAACGCCUCCGAGCUCGCCGGAUAGCAUAAAAAACAAUAAAUUUUCUCAAAUCGCACCUAAUUCACCGGUAUUAAAAAAGAAAAACAAGAAACCGAAUCAUGUUCGUCCACGAAGCUUAAGUUCAUCACCCGUCCAUGCCAAAGUUAGAACAAAAUUAGCCAAUACAAGAUGGGAUCAAUCUAUGCUGCCAGCACCACCAAAAAAAGGUAUACUACGAAAGUCACAUUCAACCACGGAUUGUUCGAAUGCCAAAGCAAAUGCUGCUAUUAGAUGGAAUACUUUCAUGGAAAAUACCCAGGCUGCAUUGAAUUCGAGUGAACCGAAAACAAUGAGCAUGAAAAAGACGAAGUCGGUCACACUGCCACGCGAACGUGUCAUCGAUAUGUCGCCGGAGGAUCAAAAGAAAUGGGAAAUGGAAGAAAUGUCGAGAUCAAUCGAUCUAGAACAGGCCAAUGUAAAUAUCGAUCCAUCACCAUUUCAGCUGGUCGAACGCACCUCAAUACUCAAAGUGCAUUCGCUGUUCUCAAUGGUGGGCAUAAAUCACGCUUAUGUGACGAAAAUCGGACGUCUUGUGGGUGUUGUGGGACUGAAAGAGCUGCGCAAAGCUAUUGAAGACAUCAAUAGCAAUAAUUUCGUAGUACAAAGUCAGGCAAAAGAUGACGUAGAAGCCGAUCACCGAUCAGCGGCCGAGAAGCCAUUGCUAACGCCACCUUUGCCGCCGUCGCCGCAUGCCACGAGUGACAGAGAGGUCAAUACGACAGUGACCUCUAUGGAUUCGGCGCUGUCACAUUCGGAUAAUUGCUCCGAUAUUGAAAUGGAACACAUGAAGGGGGAGAGUAGUGGUGAGGAACAACAACAACAACAACAACAGCUGCUGCAGCAACAACCACAACAUAACCAACAAAUCUACAAUACAACAGGGACAAAUACGCCAACAACAAAUGGCACACCAACAAAAUCAACAAAUGAGCCAUAGCAAGUACAUAUAUAUUGAAUAGACAUACAUACAUACAAAUAUACCUAGAUACAGACAUAAAUGAAUAGUCCACUUAUGUACAUAUGUCUGAAGUGAUUUUGUUAAAGAAAAGUUAACUGAGCUAAAUUGUAUUAAAUUUAGUA